GCGCCAACAUCUGUACGGCACCAUACCUGUAGGCUGUGAGCCGCCUUCGCUACGUAUAUGGGUGGCCCUGUAUGUGUUGCUUUGCCGACACAUUUCUCAAUUUCACAGAUGCACUGUUUGCCUCCGCGUCAAGCGGCAAACAAGAGGCGGUGUAUUCGGUAUACAGCAGCAUAAACAACCGCCUCGCUCAUUUAUACCAACGCCGUGUGAGCGGUGGCAUCCGCGCGUUUUCGUGAGAGAACAUGGCCUACAAAUGAGCACUUAUGCGAGCACGGUUUUCUCUAAUAAUGCUCUAUAGCGGCGUUUACAUGAAUGCGACAGUGGCGCAUCGCAUCGCAUUUCUAGCGCAUCGCAUGCAUGUAAACAGCGGUAAUGCGCUAGGAAGGCGCAUCGCAUUAAUGCGCCAGGCGAGGGUAGCUUUACGGACGCCAGUCGACUCUCGCGGAGCAUGUAAACGCAGCAUCGUCGCAUUAGGAAUUAUGGGAAGGAAUUUGCUGCGGGACUGCCGCGCUGGUGACCAAAAAAAAAAAAACAGCAACGCCCGAAUCAGAAGCAACAUGGCGUCCUCCCCGGCAGCUUCGUUCGCCGCAGCUUCGCGAAAUUAUUUCUCCGUAGAGGAAACCGCGGCUUUCCUUGCCAUUAUAUCAGAACUGAAUAUUGGUGAACUCCUAGAUUCGUGCCGCCAACGAAAUCAAGUUCACUUCACGAAGGUACAGCAAGAAAUGGCUCUAAUUGGAUAUUGCCGCACUUGGCAGCAACUGCGUACACAUUGGAAGAAUCUGAAGGGGAAAUACAACAAGGUAAGUUGUCUUGCUGAGCUCACUGAUGUUCUGAAAGGCUUUGCCAGACUCGCACUCAUGUUUCGAAAAAUAUUUCUUUUCUCGCUAGGAAAGAGAGCUACAAAUGUUAAGCGGCGCGGCGCCAUCGAAAUGGCGAUGGUACAAAGAAUUAAGUGCCAUUCUGUGCCACCGGCCCAUGGUGGAGGCCCAUCACUAUGGCCUCGACAGUGACGCUAGUGUCGCCGACGAAGACAACACAGGUCAGAGUGAUGACGAGAGGGGCUCGCACUUUGAAAGCCUCGACUCGCCUGGUGGCAGCCAGACCUGCGAGAUGAGCUCAAGCCCAACCACUGGCUCUACCAUGCCACCUGUAAAGCGGGCCAGAACCAGUACCUUGGGACUGCCCGAAUUGCUAGAACGGCAGCAUCAAAGAACAGCUGCACUACUGCAAGAGCAGAAUGAAGUUCUCUUUAAGCAGCAAAAAGAGCUGCUGCAACAGGAGAAUGAGAAUUUUAAGGAUGUGAUGGCUGGCAUCACAGCGUCAUUUCUGCAAGGAACCCAAGCGAUGAUGUCACAAUUGGCCAGACAGCCUGUGCCAGCAUUUGGGCAGAUGCCAUACCCAUUUUCACUUAAUCAACAAGAAGGACUGUAUGUAUUUUCUACUCAGCCUCAGGGUCAAGGCCCAAGUAAUGCUCAGGGCCCAAGUAAUGCUGCAAAUCAGCAGUGAAGUGAGGAAGGUC